AUGGAGGGUGGUCACGCUCACUCUCAUGUCACGUCACCUGAUCCACGUGAGGGCAACGGCCUGCUAGAGGCAGAAAUGAAAGGCAAGCGUAAGCAGUCUUCGGCCCGAAUUAACAAAACUCUUAUAGGAAUGAUGUUAUUGGGUAAAGUACUACACACAUCGUGCGAUGGAUUAGCUAUAGGGGCAGCCUUCUCAAAAUCGGCAGGGGAUGGACUCAGUACGACUCUUGCUGUGUUAUUUCAUGAGAUACCGCACGCAAUAGGUACUUUCGCCAUCUUUAUCUCGUCUGGUCUGUGUAUCUGCAGGGCACUGGGUCUGUUAUGUUUCUGUUACCUAUGCUCAUACGCGGGCGUACUUGUAGGAGCGACCCUGAGCACCAGUCCUAAUCUAACGCCCUGGAUAUUUUCCGUUCUAGCAGGAAUGUUUCUAUAUGUUGCACUGGCGGAGAUGGUUCCAGAGAUGUUCACUAGCAUAACAUCAAGAUCUGAUGAACAACGGCAAGUUAUAUUUCUUCAAAACCUUGGACUUUUGAUCGGAUUUGCCAUUAUGAUGACACUAGCUGCUUUUGAAGAAACGAUAAGGACAUCAUUGCAGUAGUUAGCACUUAAAAUGUUUGUUGUAUUCAUCCCUCGGCUUCCUUUUUUAACAGCAAAAGUUAAGUGCUGUUAAAGUCAGUCUGCAGAGACUGAUUGCAGCGGAAUCUUUUCGUAACCAGUUAGAAACAAAUGACAAUCAGAAACGACAGAUGGUGGCGUCCUUUAAAUCAAUUUGAAAGGAAAUCCUUGAUUAGGUUCAGGUUCCUUUGGAUUUUUCAGUCAGACUACACUUUUUCACUCUUCCAUAUGAUUUUCAAGGUAUGGGCUGAUUCACUUCUCAACUCAAAGGUCAGAGAAAAUAUCAGAAACCUAUAUAAUACACAGGCCACUUCAACUUUAAAGUCAUCGGGAUAAUCAUAAACAACAACCCAGAGAGGAUCAGGCCAUGCGCAAUACAAUCUUCUCUCACAGUAGUUUAAUCGCGUGAUAGCGCUGAUUAAGAGCAUGGAAGCAGGCCCAUGGAAGUACGCAGAUAGGUUAGUUUUUUAUUUGAUUGGUAAAAAUACAUUGAAAUAUUUUCAAAGAAAUCUACCCCUUUUGCAAAGAAGUUGACUUUUCAAAAUCUCAGAGAGUGCAGUCUUUCUAUCUGAUAAUCCUUGUACACUGAUUUCGGUCUUGUCGUUGUAAAAUGAAGCUUACAAGGGAGUUAAAACGAAAGAGAGUAUAUGUUCUUUUUCUACAAAAGGAAGUGAAAGACUUCUCUCUUGUUGCUCUCUA